AUGGCUGCUACACCUUCCGGCUCUGAUCCAUGUUAUAAUUAUACCACUCUUGAUGAAUACUGGAGAGACAUACUGCAAAACCAAUAUCAGUACUAUGGACAUAAUGACAGUGCUGUUGAAUGGAGUGGCUGGUAUCGGCUGUAUCUGAAUGGAAAAAGUGCCCAGAUGUCUGAGUGGUGUGUGAGUUAUAUCGGAUGUGGCGGUGAUGUUGGGCUGAAUCUCAAUGGUUCUCAUCCAAGCCUUGAGGAUGGAGUGGUGACCCGUGAAGUUUUUGGAAGUUAUAUGGAUUCUUACCAGUGUGGAGGCUACAGAUCUGCACCCAUCCAAGUUAAAGCAUGUCCUGGAGAUUAUUACGUCUAUAAGCUUGUCAAGCCAGAUCUGUCGAUUUACAAGCCUUCAUACUGUGCAGUUGCUUUCCAAAACAUCAGCAGUGAUCCCUGCUACAAUUAUGAGUCUUUUGAUCGUCCCUGGAGAGCCAACAAUGAAAGUGGAGAAAUAAUAUGUGAUGACUCUUUCUCCUGGAAUGGCUGGUACCGGCUUUUCUACUUUGGAAUGGACAUCAGAAUGCCAGAGACCUGUGCUAGUUCAUACAGCUGUAAUGCAUUCCUGAGCCUGUCGCUCAACGGUUCUCACCCUCAGAUAGAGGAUGGAGUGGUGAUCAGGGAGGUCCAAACAGGAGCUUCUAUGAGGGGCAGCUGUGAAUACAAAUCAAAACCCAUCAGAGUGAAAGCAUGUCCUGGAAAUUACUAUGUCUAUGAACUUGUGAAUCCACAUUUCUGGUGUCCAGGAUACUGCACAGGUAAAAAAAAGCAUUUCCCCACUUUUUAA